AUGACGGUUUCCACCUUCAUUCGCUUCCAAGAUGACAGGGGCAUAAUUCACUACGGAGAGCCCUCCCAGAGAGACCUUGCCGUCGACCUUAUAGGUGCAACGGUCAAGCUCCUGGAAGGAGAUCCCUUUGAUGGCGGUUUACGUCCAUCUACUGCAGUGGCAAAAGUAGCCAAGGUUCUGUGCCCUCUUGAGUCUACACCAGCCAUUCUAUGCAUCGGCCUCAAUUACAAGGAGCACGCGAAAGAAGCUAAUCUGACAAUCGCCCCGUAUCCCGUGGUUUUCAUGAAACUCCCGACUGCGCUCGCCGGUCCGUAUGAUGAUGUUCACGUCCACCCUGAUGCCACGCCCAUGCUGGACUAUGAGGGUGAGCUGGUGAUCGUGAUAGGGAAGGACGUUAAGAACGUCUCUGAGGCUGACGGUCUCGACUACGUACUUGGCUAUACGAUUGGGAACGACAUCAGUGCACGGAACUUCCAGCUUCCCGACGUCAGCGGGGGUCAGUUCUGCUACGCUAAAUCUUUUGAUGGUUUUGCGCCCAUUGGCCCAGCAAUUUGCACCAGAAAAGCAGUCCCGGAUCCUCAGGCCUUAUUCUAUACUACCCGUGUUAACGGGGUGAAGCGGCAAGAAACCUCGACAGAUGACAUGAUUUGGACUGUCAAGCAGAUUGUUCAUCAUUUGAGCCGGGGAACGAUGCUCAGAAGGGGAACAAUUAUCAUGACGGGGACCCCUAGUGGAGUGGGGCUGUUCCUGGAGCCUAAAGGCUUUGUCCAGCACAAUGAUAUCAUGGAGGUGGAGCUUCACGGAUUUGGAACACUGAAGAACAAGGUCAUUUUCGAGUAG